AAAGUCUAUGACACAAGUCCAAGUUUCCACCAAUGCAUGUUUUUUCUCAUAACCCUUUUGCAUCCUUCACCUUAAUCUCUGUGAUAAUCGGUUAUUGUCUUUUUUCCAAGUAGUGAAGAACCAUGUUGACAAGGAGGAACAUGUUAGAAGGCACAGAAGAACGCUAUGGAUUGAUGUCUUCUGGCAUGAGAGGCAUGUCCUCUACACGACGUAAAAUACGACAUUGGCAAAAAGUUUUAAAGCUUAAGCUUGGACGUCAUAUGUUUUUGGGGUUAAUGGUUUUGGUUUUCAUGUGUGUCAUUGCAAAGUUUGUGUUGUUGAAUGUGUUUUCUGAACAAUUGGAUUUUGACCCUUUUAAUCAUACAAAUGUCGUAAAGCAUCUACCCUCACCAAAAAAGUCACCGACUCUCAAAAUAUGGAAGCAUCCCAACAGUAAUAACUACCACAAAUGCAUUGCUCGAGCCGCUAAUGAUAAACGGAAGGGAAAUGUGACAAAUGGUUACCUUAUGGUGCAUGCAAAUGGAGGGUUAAAUCAAAUGAGAACUGGUGUAUGA